CGCGUUCUGCCUCCCUCCGAUCCCUUGAGUCAAUUAGAAGCGCCGGAGAAGAGGAAGGCGCCAUGUCCGUGCCUUCGGCCGGCUUCCCUCCGCCGCCCCAGGUGCCCACAGCAACCGGAUCCUCCCUUCCGGGCGGGCCCAGCACGAUCUCCGCCAACCCGGGCUGCCACAAUGGUCCAGUGCAGAAUCAGAUGCAGUUUCCCUCUGUGUACAGCUCAUAUUCUCAAAACUAUGGUAUUCCCUCUGGACACUACACAGAAGUGCCCAGUAAAGCUGGUCCUUCACAGCUGGAUAACCACUAUCGUGGCAAUUAUUACUCUACCCGCCACUCUGUUCCAGCACAAAAUGUGAUUGCAUCUUCUGCGACUCCUCACGUGGCAAGCACACAGGGGUUGCAACAUUUGUACAGUAGGGCUCCUCAUACGGUGGAAUCAUCCGGACCCGUCCAUGGAAUGGUUUCUUCUGCAUCUCAAUUACAUACCAGCAUUUCACAGUCUUAUUCUUCGUUUGGUUCCCCCUACAGUACUUCAGCCUUGCACUCUGCCAGCUCUUCUGUUCCAUCUCAGGGAUUCGUAGUUCCUUCUGGUCACUAUGCUAUGCCGUCUGUCUCUACUGCUGCUUAUCCUAAUGUUUCGUACCCUCCUUUGUCCAUUGGCGCUCCAUAUGGACAAGUGCCUACUUCUCAAGGUGUACCAGCUCUUGGACAAGUGGCCUAUAGUCAAGACAGAACAGCACCUGCAGCGCAACAGAAAGUUCCUUUGGGAUACAAUUCUGCAUCGUGGUCUGCUCCAGAACUUCAGUCAACUGAAGGGAAGCGUGGUGGAAGCUUUACAGGAUCCUUGCCAAAUCCAGGCAAUCCAAUGAGUACAGGACCACCACAUCCUGUAAACCACAGUGUUCAGCCUACAAGGCCUGCUCAAGGAACUUCUUCAGCUGUGACUUCCUCAGAAAGAACACCUGCUGUGGAGAAAACAGCCAAAUCUACCAUUGCCUCCUCCAUCAAGCAUCCACCAAAGUCACUAAUGCAUGAAGGCAUGCAGUAUGGUGGAUAUGUUAAUAACCAAGCUAGCUCUCCAGCAACUCCCUUGUCAUCAAGUACAGAUGAUGAGGAAGAGGAUGAGGAGGAUGAGGAAGCAGCUAUUGACAGCUCUUCCACUACUAGCAGCGCGUCUCCAGUUUCCAGCAAUUAUGAUUACCUUGAAGGAGGUGGCUAUCCAGAGGCAUGUCCUGCAACUAGUAGCCCAGCUCCUGUUUCUUCAGUUUCCCAAACAUCGAAACCCUCUAAACCUUUUGGCUACGGGUACCCUACUCUCCGGCCUGGCUAUCAGAAUGUAACACCACCACCUGCCAUACAGCCAAACAGCACUGGAUAUAAUUCUGGAUUUCCUCAGUAUCCCCAGCAAUAUCCCACAAUGAAUCAGCUGUCAGCUAGUCUUGGAGGACUAGGUCUACAGCAGGCUCAACAGCCAGAAAGCUUAAGACCAAUCAACCUUACUCAAGAUAGAAAUAUUCUUCCUAUUUCUCCAGUCCUUGCUCCUGUGCCUAAUUUGAACUCAGAUCUGAAGAAGCUGAACUGCAGCCCAGACUCGUUUCGAUGCACUUUGACAAAUAUCCCUCAGACUCAGGCUUUGCUAAACAAAGCAAAACUUCCUUUGGGGUUGCUUCUACAUCCCUUCAGAGAUCUAACGCAGUUACCUGUGAUAACAUCAAGUACCAUUGUGAGAUGUAGGUCAUGCAGAACAUACAUCAACCCUUUUGUUUCCUUUAUUGAUCAAAGGAGAUGGAAAUGUAAUCUGUGCUACAGAGUUAAUGAUGUUCCAGAAGAAUUUAUGUAUAAUCCUCUGACACGAUCGUAUGGCGAGCCUCACAAACGGCCAGAAGUGCAAAAUUCUACAGUGGAGUUCAUUGCUUCUUCAGAUUACAUGCUUCGUCCACCUCAGCCUGCAGUGUAUUUGUUUGUAUUUGAUGUGUCCCACAAUGCAGUAGAAGCUGGAUAUUUGUCAAUUGUGUGUCAGUCUUUGCUGGAAAACUUAGACAAAUUGCCUGGAGAUUCAAGAACAAGAAUUGGCUUCAUAACCUUUGACAGCACUGUUCAGUUCUACAAUUUGCAGGAAGGAUUAUCGCAGCCUCAGAUGCUAAUUGUCUCGGAAAUCGAUGAUGUCUUCCUGCCCACACCUGACAGUUUACUUGUUAAUCUACAUGAAAGCAAAGAGCUGAUUAAAGACUUAUUGAAUGCGCUACCAAAUAUGUUCACUAACACAAGAGAAACACACAGUGCUUUAGGCCCAGCCCUUCAAGCAGCCUAUAAGUUGAUGUCUCCGACAGGUGGGCGGGUGUCUGUGUUUCAGACACAGUUACCAUCCUUGGGUGCAGGGCGUUUGCAGUCAAGGGAAGAUCCCAAUCAAAGAUCAAGCACAAAGGUUGUUCAGCACCUGGGCCCAGCAACAGACUUUUAUAAGAAAUUGGCACUAGAUUGUUCAGGACAACAAACAUCUGUGGAUUUGUUUCUUUUAAGCUCAAAGUAUUCAGAUCUUGCAUCUCUUGCUUGCAUGUCUAAAUACUCUGCUGGUUGCAUCUAUUAUUAUCCAUCUUUCCAUCAUAGCCUCAAUCCUAUUCAAGCAGAAAAGUUGCAGAAAGAUCUUAAAAGGUAUCUUACUCGAAAGAUUGGGUUUGAAGCGGUCAUGAGAAUAAGAUGUACAAAAGGUCUUUCAAUACAUACGUUCCACGGUAACUUCUUUGUGCGAUCUACUGACUUGCUGUCACUUGCCAAUGUCAAUCCCGACGCUGGGUUUGCAGUGCAAAUGUCCAUUGAAGAAAGCCUGGCAGACACAUCCUUAGUCUGUUUUCAGACAGCACUUCUAUACACUUCAAGCAAAGGUGAACGGAGAAUUCGAGUGCACACACUCUGUUUGCCUGUGGUCACUUCAUUGCCUGAUGUUUAUGCCGGUGCGGAUGUACAAGCAAUUUUAUGCCUCUUGGCUAACAUGGCUGUGGAUCGUUCAGUUUCGUCAAGUCUUUCAGAUGCAAGAGAUGCCUUGGUGAAUGCAGUGGUUGAUUCCCUGUCGGCUUAUAUGUCAACUGUAUCAAAUCUCCAGCAAACUGCUUUGAUAGCUCCAAAUUCCCUCAGGCUGUUUCCUCUGUAUGUUUUGGCUCUCUUCAAACAGAAAGCCUUUAGAAUUGGCACCAGUACACGCUUAGAUGAUCGCGUAUAUGCCAUGUGUCUAAUAAAAAGUCAGCCUCUGGUUCACUUGAUGAAGAUGAUACACCCCAGCUUGUACAGGAUAGACAGACUCACUGAUGAGGGUGCGAUACAUGUCAAUGACAGAGUUGUACCUCAGCCCCCUCUUCAGCGACUGUCUGCGGAGAAAUUGACAAGAGAUGGAGCUUUUCUUUUGGAUUAUGGCCCAGCGAUUUAUGUAUGGAUUGGAAAAAGCUGUGAUAGCUUCAUAAAAGAGGUCCUUGGAUACCCUAACUAUUCAUCUGUACCACAAGGACUGACUCAGCUUCCCGAAUUAGAUACUGUUUCUUCAGAACGAACCAGAUCAUUUAUAUCCUGGCUUAAGGACAGUAAACCUCUGUGCCCCGUCCUUCAAAUAAUAAAAGACGAAAGUCCCGCAAAUGCAGAUUUUUUUCAGUAUUUAGUUGAAGAUAAAACGGAGGCAGCAUUUUCUUAUUAUGAAUUUUUGCUGCAUAUUCAACAGCAGAUUUGCAAGUAAAAGAAGAAGAAAUGGAAGGGAAAAAAAAUCUGGACUCUUACUUAAACAUCAGCUGUGAAAGAAGUGCUGUGAAAGUAGCGAGAAAACCGGGCUUGAGUUCUUCAGUGUCCAGGGCAAACAACCACAUUUGAGACAUUUCAGCUGAAAGGACAAAAAUACACAUUUCCAGAUGAAUUUCACUGAUUUGCUUAAGUCUAAAAAUGAUGGCUUUGAUGCAAUUUCAAAUGUUUUAAGUUGGUUUAUAUUCAUUUCCGACAGUACAGAAAUAUGGUGCUUCUGUUCAUUUCAAGCUGGUGGAUAUAGCUGUUGAGUUUAUGUAGCUGUGUGGAAUGGUAUUUCUUAAUGGAAACUAAAAUCAGAGCGCUUUCUUCUCUAACUCUUAGCAUCCCGGCCUUGCCUUUAGCAGAGAUGCCAAGGUGCAGUGCUCCAUGAUGUUUAUAUGAAUUUGUAACAGAAAUAAUUCAAUAUUUGAAAACUUUAUUGUUUUCUCUGUGAAGGCUAUAGAAUUUAAAUACAGCAUACAUGACUUGUAGAAAUUUAUAAUGUACAGAAGUGUUACAUUUGUAAAAAAAAAAGAAAAUUGUAACUACAGAGUAUGAAUUGCUUAGUGUGCUGAAGUGUUGGUGAUUCAAUGACAAAUCACUAUAUUGGUUAAAGAAUAAAGUUGACUAAUACAUAUUAAAGCAAGGAAAUCCUGAAUCCACAUAAGAAAAAUGCAACUUUGUAAUUCAUUUAACUAACCCUUUUAUGUGGAUUUAUUUAUGAUCAGCUGAUUAAAGGUAUUUUGCUUGAUCAUGUGUUUUUAUAUCUGUGAUACAUUUUAGAUACUAACAGUGAAUUUGGCUUGCUGUAUUAGGAAGGAAUGUUUACUACUUAACUGUAUAGAUUUCUUGAAAGAGGGUAAGUUUGGAGAAUUGAGAUUGAGGGUUUGUACGGAGCCCAUUUUGAUGCUACCUAGCAAAUGAUAUCUCACUUAACUCUGGUUUACUUUAUGUAUCCUGCAUCAGUUGUGGUUCUGUUUUUCAUUUUCUCUUGGCACUAUGAGACAUUAAAGAAGAUUAUAUUUUGCUUGGUGGGUGGGGCGGGGGGGGGGGGGGGUUGCUUGAGCACAUAAUCCAAAUAGUAGGUCCUGGGUUGAUCCUAACAUUUAUUUUUUGGUUCUAGUGCUACACAGGCAUGGCUGUAACUCUGUAGGGCCUGUGUGCAAUGGGGGAAUCGUGCAAUCCUACUUGAUAUGUCAAUUGGAACAGCCAGUUUUGAAAAGCAACACCAAUUUUGAGGAGCAGCAAAUACACAUUAAGUCCUACUUGAAUGUGUGCAGCUGUUUGGCCAGGGUAGUAUCAACCCCCUACCAUGUGUGGGCACUACAUCAUCGGAGCCAUGUCUGUGUCUUGGACUUAGUUGGCUUAAGUGUGUGUUAAAUAUGCAGAGUAAUUGAACAAGACACCUAUUUUCAAAGCAACACAUUUCUUUUUUAAAAAUGACAAAUACUAAUACACUUAUAAAUAUAUAUAUUGGUGUCCCAGUAUGUUUUCACCUGCGCGCAAAUGCGCUUAUGCAACAGAAUUAUCUUCUUAUCUAAUCAUAGGGAUAAAUAUUGAUGAAUCUCCCUUAAUCUUAAUUUUGCAAAAGCAUGCCAAAGGAUUUCUUGGAAUAUCGCUUGCUUGUUUUAAUUUUAUUUGUGACACAUUUUUAAACCUGUCGAAAAGCAUAAAAAAUAUUCUCAAAGAAGCUGUUCCCUUACCGUUUUGAAGUUAGUAUUUCCCAUAGUUCACAUAUUGAGAGGGAAGUGGGGAGAUAAAUCAGAGGAAAAUGCACGUUAUGGUCCAUAAAUGUGUCCAGUAUAUUACUGUAAUCUUAACAAACAUAUUAUUUUGGAAUAAAACGAUUUUUGUGAGCUUAGUGCUGAAUAUCCAAAAACAUUCAAAGCCAUGCUGUAUGGUAAAUUAUCUGUAAAACCAUUACUUAAAGUUUUAUUCUUCUACGGUUUGUAUAUAAAAUUGUUAUAAAAUAUAUUUCAGAAAUA